CAGUCCCAUCAUUACAGCUGCUCCCCUCCCCCCAAUAACCCCUCCUUCUUUGGUCCAAAAAUCACUUCGGCCAGCUCCCCUCAGCUGCUCUUCUGUACUCUCUACUACUGUUUCUAUCUCACCACAACACUCUACUUUACUCUCUCUAUUCCCAUGUCUUCCAUUUUCAGCUAACGCCCCAUAAAUUCUUAUUUUUUUUAUUAAUUUUUUAUACUCCUAGUGUCUGAUCAGCUUUUACGCAAUUCAAAUAAAUCCACAAUAUAUCUGCAACACCCCAUAAUUUUUUUUUUUUCUUGAUAACCAUAGUGUUUGUUUUAGUUUCCACGCACCUCAACUAAAUUCACAGACCCCACAAUUCUUUCUUUUAUAGCCAUAGUGUCUGAGUCAGCUUAAUUGCAACAAUCCACAAUUAUCCAAGAAAAAAAUGACAUUUUUAAACGAUGAGUUAUCCAAGAAAACAUCAAUAUUCGGCUUACAUUUAUGGGUAGUUGUCGGAAUUUGCGUUGGAGCAGCAAUUGUAUUGGUUCUCUUCUUGAUUUCACUUUGGUACACUUCAAAAAAGAAUUCCAACAACCCCCAAAUCAGUAACAUCUCUACUGAAAUCAAAGAGAUCCGGGUCGACCCGGUUCCAUUACCCGACCCCAUACCCGAACCCGAAAAAGAACCGACCCAGAAUUCAAAUGGGUAUCAAAGAAUCCAAAUUGAGAUUGGUGGGAAGGGAAAAAAUUUGGUUAAGCCUGAUCGGGUCGGGUCGGGUGGUGGCGGGUCGGGUCAGGGGAGUGGGGAAGUGCGUUCGGGUGAACAAGGUGGAAAAAAUGUGCCUGAGGUUUCACAUUUGGGAUGGGGUCAUUGGUAUACUCUAAGGGAGCUUGAAAUUGCUACGAAUUUUUUUGCUCAUGAAAAUGUUAUUGGUGAGGGAGGUUAUGGUAUUGUUUAUCGUGGCGUUAUGGAAGAUAAUAGUUGUGUUGCUGUUAAGAAUUUGCUUAACAAUAGGGGACAGGCAGAGAGGGAAUUUAAGGUUGAAGUGGAAGCAAUUGGUCGAGUUCGACACAAGAAUUUGGUGAGAUUACUUGGCUACUGUGCUGAGGGAGCUCACAGGAUGCUUGUGUAUGAGUAUGUGAACAAUGGGAACUUAGAGCAGUGGCUCCAUGGAGAUGUAGGGCCAUACAGCCCUCUUACAUGGGAAAUUCGGAUGAAUAUUAUUCUAGGAACAGCAAAAGGGUUGACCUAUCUGCAUGAGGGCCUCGAACCAAAAGUUGUUCACCGUGACAUCAAGUCGAGCAAUAUUUUGAUUGAUAAGCAGUGGAAUGCAAAAGUAUCUGAUUUUGGUCUAGCUAAGCUUUUGGGCUCAGAGAGGAGCUAUAUAACUACUCGGGUUAUGGGAACGUUUGGCUAUGUUGCUCCAGAAUAUGCUAGCACUGGCAUGUUGAAUGAUAGAAGUGAUGUUUAUAGUUUUGGAAUUCUUAUUAUGGAGAUUAUUUCUGGAAGGAAUCCUGUGGAUUAUAGCCGUGCUCCUGGAGAGGUCAAUCUGGUUGAUUGGCUUAAGACAAUGGUUUCUAACCGUAAUUCUGAGGGUGUUUUGGAUCCCAAGAUGCGGGAGAAGCCUUCUUCAAGAGCAUUGAAACGUGCCCUUUUGGUAGCAUUGCGCUGUGUAGACCCCAGUGCUCAGAAGAGGCCAAAGAUGGGGCAUGUGAUACACAUGCUUGAGGCUGAUGAUUUUCCUUUCCGUGAUGAACGAAGAGCUGUAAGAGAAAAUGGACACUCACAUCCUGAUGGAAUGAAAGAGACGGUAAUGGAAAAGCGCAUAAUUGAAGGUGAUAGCAGUGGAUAUGAAAGUAAUGUUCAAACCAACCGAUCUUUGUUGACGAAGAAAAAAAUCGAUGAUGAGGUGUAGCCUGGCCAAAUUCAGGCUCUUGUUGUUGGAGCUGGGGAAUGUACAUAAAAUUCACUGGUGCAAAUUCAGCACUCUCUUUAAGUUUUGUAGAGUAGCUCUUGUUCGUUGUUAUAUGUAAUUGCUUUCAAUUUUGUUUAGAGCAUAGCUCUCUUUAGUAGUAUAUAAUUAAACUACCAUUUCACUCUUCUAGUUGGAUGCACUUUCCAAAUGAAAAGAAUUGAUCAAUUUGUAUGUAUUUAAUGUAACAAUCUCCUUUCAAUCUAUUGUAUUAGUUAUGUCCAUGUGAAGAAAUGAUGGAAUUGAUAUUGAUACAAGGAGAAAGUAGUAGUAAGAUGUGGCUUAUGUUUUGCCUUUAUGGAUUUCACCAUGUUCAAGAAA